AUGGAAGCAAAAUGCAGGAGGAAAGGAAAUAAGCUGGCCCUCGUCCUCGCAGUUCCGCUCAUCGUCUUCUCGUCCUCCCGCGCCCUCGGAUGCUACGACUCCAUCAUCAGCUUCGGCGACUCGCUCGCUGACACCGGGAACUUGCUCCACCUCUCCCGCUCCGACGGCCGCGCGACGGAAGCUGGCUUCCUCCCCUACAGCGAGACCUACUUCGGCCGCCCCACCGGCCGCUUCUCCGACGGCCGCCUGGUCAUCGAUUUCGUGGCUGAGCGGCUGGGGCUUCCGUACGUGGCUCCCUACUACGGGGAUGACGGCGGACGGAGCGUGGAGGAUUUCAGGAAGGGCGUGAAUUUCGCGGUGGGGGGAGCGACGGCGCUCGAUGUGAGCUUCUCCGAAGGGAGGGGGAUGGGCAACAAUUUCCGGAACGAGUCUCUGAGGGUUCAGCUGGGCCUCUUCAAAGAGCUCUUGCCUUCUCUGUGCAACACAUCUUCGGAUUGCAAAGAAUUUCUUGGGAACUCUUUGGUUCUCUUGGGAGAGAUUGGUGGCAAUGACUACAAUCAUCCCCUCUUUAUGGGAAGAGAUCCGGAAGAGAUUCACGACUUUGUGCCCCUAGUAAUUGAGGAGAUUGUUUCAGCUAUCAGUGAUUCCAGAGUUCAGACAAGGAAGAAUAUGAUCUGUCCACCGGCUGCCUUAAUUGGUUGAAUGAAUUCUCUCAGUAUCACAAUAAACAGCUCCAGAUGAAGCUUGAUCAUCUGCGUGAGCUUCAUCCCCAAGCGAAAAUUAUAUACGUGGACUACUACAAUGCUGCACUCCGCUUUUAUCAGUCCCCGAUAAAUUCGGUAAGUUGUGUCUCCAUAAUGGACCCUUUCAUUAGCCCUCUCCCUUCUUGGUGCAUAGCAAGGCUCUCACUUUCCAAUCCUUGGUAUGAAAGAAUUUCAAGGAUUCAAUUGGGUUGUGACCGCCAAAGUGGCACACUUAAUUAGGUUUGAGAAAUAUCGAUCUCAUAUUGUGGUGGGAUGUCUCAUGUUCUAAUGCAUGGUCAUACUCCCAAAGGAGCUGAUUGUGUAUUGGUUCAUGGAGGGUCACAUGUAUAGCAUAUGGUUGAGG